GUAUUAGCGCCCCUCCUCGUUCCAUCAGCCUUACCAGGCUGCAUGAUUCUUUUUCCGCCGUUCCCUCGACUACUUUUUUUUGCGUUGGUCAACUUUAAUCCGUCGACCAACCCCAUCCUUCGUCGUUCAGCUGCUGGUAUGGAUUUUGGGAAAGCCGUCGGAACGGCAUGCGCCACAUUCGCCGUCACCAACAUUGACGACAUUUUCGUCCUGGUCACCUUUUUUGCAGAGUCGUCCACCAGUAAAACUCUCACGCCUCUUAGGAUUACCAUCGGUCAAUAUGUCGGAUUCACGGCCAUCAUCAUCGUAAGCAUGAUCGGCUUCGGUGCCGCCUUCUUGCUUCCCACCGAACCCAUUGGAUUUCUCGGUCUGCUGCCUAUUCUGCUCGGAGUAUGGUGGCUAUCUGCUCUCGUUUUCCCAGGCGGAGACGAUGACGAUGACGACCCAACUCUUACAGAUGUGACUGCUGCUGGAGGCUCCACCACCGUCGGGAUCUUUUCCCUUGUUGGGAUCAAGAGCAUCCUCAAGGUGGCAAGCAUCACGGUGAUCAACGGAGCAGACAACAUCAGCACGUACAUUCCGCUGUUUUCCCAAGCAAAGGGAGCAGAGAUAGCGGUGUAUGUCGUCACGUACUACAUCCUGCUUGGAGUGUGGUGCCUCGCUGCGUUUCUGAUCAUGAAGCAGAGGCACAUCCUCCGUAUAGCGCAAAAGUACGCGAGCAUAGCAGUGCCUUUUCUCUACAUGGGUCUCGGCAUCUUCAUCAUCGUCGAGUCGGAGUGCUACCCGUGGUCGAUUGAGCGCAUAGACGGGGGAUUGACGACGCACCCGGGAAGAGCCAUCAUGGGCGCGGUGACGACAGUUGUCCUCUUGUGUUGCAUCAGCGCAAUGCUAUGGAUUAGGUGGCGAAAGAGAGAUGAGACUCAGCCGGAAACUGAAGGCUCGGAACAAGGAGACUCUGAAGCUGGCUCGGUAGCAUCUCGUGAGCAACAGCUUGCCCAAGAUUCGAAGGCAGAACCUUCGAAACCUACAAAGGCUGACGGCACCGAUGAAGUUACGGAUCUAGGUGCUCCUCUACAAGCUCGCUCGGAAGAAGGUGCCGAGAAGCCUGCAGACAUGACAGUUGGGUCAGAGCCAUCUCCGAUUGCUGACGGGCAGCAACUCGGUUCUUGCUUUGGUAAAAAGAAAAAGAAGGACAAGGAUGAGGAUGAGAAAAAGAACACCACUUCAUCAAACAAAUAUUUCAUCGACUACCUGAUCUACUUUCUUCCGGUUUUUGUAGUCAUCUUUGAUGCCCUCUGCCUCGCAGGGUGCGUCGGAACCUCGCCUGGCAUCCCAACCCUAUACCUCGUCACUAUUGCCCAACCACCAACCGAAAUAAACGGCCUCGAGCUCUCAAUAGGGUACUUUGGCAUCUGCGCCAGGCCCCUGGGCGGCGACCUGACCUGCCAACUGUCCAAGAACCCGACCCCGAGGCUGCUAGCCGAGAAGCUCGGCCUCGACAGCAGCGAAGCGACCCUGAUCCGGCUCGAGACGGCCAAAUCCAUUCAGGAUAAGGUCUUCGUCCCCAUAUUCCCCGCCGCGGCCGGCGGGUUCCUCAUCGGCCUGCUUUACCUUUCCUUCCUCUGGCUGGAGCUCUGGUGGUCCAAGAAGAAGGCAGGCAAUGCGACCAAGAAGGGCGGUGACGACCACCAAGACGGCACAUAUGGCGGCAUGCACGGACGAUCCUCGACACGGCCACAAGCAGGCGGCGGUGGCGGCGGCGGCGGUCGCACAAGCGGCAAUCAUCUCCCUACCGAUCAGGCGCUACGGGGCAAGCGGACCGCGUACAUGAUGCGGCGCGGCGCGCUCGGUCUGCUCUGGGGCAGCACCGCGCUCACGCUCAUGGUGGCCAUGUCGACCUCCAUGGUGGUGGUGGCGCUCGAGGCGGCCGACCCGGGCAUGCAGCGCGGCGGACACGUCGAGGGCCUGCAGUGGGCGGCGGCCGUGCUGCAGACCAUCUUCGUGGUGAGGAUGGCGUUUGUCAACAGGCGCAGGGGCGCCCAGGAUGUCCAGCAGGACGCUGAAAUCGGCACUUCGGCUCCCUCUCCUGCCCCCGCAAAGGCCUCGUCGGGGCGGUCGCCGCAUACCCGAGGGCUGCGGCCGGGUGUGCCGUCGGGGGUGCCGCCGGCGGUGCGGCAACAGUAUCCGGAUGAGGAUUAG